AAAAAAAAAGAAAAGAAAACCUAGGUUCUCUUGAAAAACAAUGGCAUUUAUUACGAAGACUCUUUUAAACAACAUACUACGUCGUUUCAUCCAUCAAGAUUUCCAUGAAGCUGUUUCUUCCAUGACCAUAACUGAUGCUUUUCUCUUCCUCAUGGUUCAUUCGGUGGAUAAAUUGGGGAUAUGGCACCGGUUACCUGUUAUCUUAGGUUUAAUAUAUUUGGCUGUACGUCGCCAUCUUCACCAGCAAUACAAUCUCAUCAAUGUCGGGAAAACUCCAUCCGGUGUUCGGUUUAGCCCAGGAGAUUAUCCGUACAGAACAGCUGAUGGAAGUUACAAUGAUCCUUUCAAUGAGGGAGCUGGCAGCCAAGGAUCUUUCUUUGGCAGGAACAUUAUGCCUGUUCAUCAAACAGAUAAGUUAAUGAAGCCAGAUCCCAUGGUUGUGGCUACUAAAUUAUUGACAAGAACACAAUAUAAGGACACAGACAAACAAUUCAAUAUGAUUGCAGCUUCAUGGAUUCAAUUUAUGAUCCACGAUUGGAUCGAUCACAUGGAGAACACUAAUCAGCAGGUUGAGUUGAUUGCACCUAAAGAAGUUGCAAACAAAUGCCCUCUAAGUUCUUUCAAGUUUUAUCCCACGAAAGAGUUUCCAACUGGUUUCUAUGACAUCAAAAGUGGCGCAAAGAACAUCCGUACACCUUGGUGGGAUGGAAGUGUAAUAUAUGGAAGCAAUAAGGAAAGGUUACAAAAGGUGAGAACAUUCACAGAUGGAAAGUUAAAGAUUUCAGAAGAUGGAUUACUGCAACAAGAUGAAGAUGGGAUCCCCAUAUCCGGAGAUAUUAGAAAUAGUUGGGCUGGCGUCUCAACAUUACAGGCUCUAUUCAUUAAAGAACACAAUGCAGUCUGUGAUACCCUCAAGAAGGAAUACCCGGAUUUGAAUGAUGAAGAGCUAUAUCGAUACGCAAGGCUUGUAACUUCUGCUGUGAUUGCAAAGAUCCAUACCAUUGACUGGACUGUGGAGCUUUUGAAAACUGAUAUGCUGCUUGCUGGAAUGCGUGCUAAUUGGUAUGGAUUAUUGGGAAAGAAAUUCAAGGACACAUUUGGGCAUGUUGGUGGAUCUUCUUUGGGAGGUUUAGUGGGUUUGAGAAAGCCUGUUAAUCACGCUGUUCCUUACUCUUUGACUGAGGAAUUUACCAGUGUCUAUCGACUCCACCAGCUUUUACCAGAUUCCAUUCAUCUUCGAAAUAUCAAUGUUGCUCCAGGACCAAACAAAUCUCCACCAUUGCUUGAGGAGGUUCCUAUGCCUGAAUUAAUAGGCCAUAAAGGAGAAAAUACUUUGUCACAAAUUGGAUUCACAAGGCAAUUUGUUUCCAUGGGACAUCAAGCUUGUGGUGCAUUGGAGCUUUGGAACUAUCCUUCAUGGCUUCGAGACCUCGUAGCACAAGAUGUUGAUGGCAAAGAUAGGCCUGACCAUGUGGACUUGGCAGCUCUUGAAAUUUAUAGGGAUAGAGAGAGGAAAGUUGCAAGGUAUAAUCAAUUCCGUAGGGCUUUGCUAUUGAUACCAAUCUCUAAAUGGGAAGAUCUGACUGAAGAUAAGAAUGCCAUUGAAGUUCUCAAGGAUGUUUAUGGUGAUGACGUUGAAGAACUAGACUUAAUGGUAGGUCUCAUGGCUGAGAAGAAGAUCAAGGGUUUUGCCAUAAGCGAGACAGCUUUCAUUGUUUUUCUAUUGAUGGCAACAAGGAGGCUUGAAGCUGAUAGGUUCUUCACAAGUGAUUUCAAUGAGGAAACAUACACAAAAAAAGGAUUUGAAUGGGUAAAUACCACUGAAAGCUUGAAAGAUGUGUUGGAUCGUCAUUACCCAGAAAUACCAAAGAAAUGGAUUAACUCAACAAGUGCUUUCUCAGUUUGGGACUCACCUCCAAAUGCUCCCAAUCCUAUCCCUCUCUAUCUUCGCUUUCCAACUUCAUAACCCACUAUCGAGCCACAGAUUUAAAAAAUGCUCGCAAGCCCUAUUGUUAUUUUGUUGUUGUGGUUAUUUUAUCUCCAGUAUUGACUGUUGAUAUUGAUUACAUGUAAUUUAUAAUAAAAUUGUUGGCUUUUCUUACUUAUGUAUUGGUAUACAAUGCAUCAAUAAAAGUUUA